AUAUUCCUGAAGAAAAAGAAAUUAAACGUAGAAAAAGUCCAUAAACUGCCUGAUUAAAUGCAUAAUAAAACAAACGAGUGUUCAACAAAUAUUGAUUAGUCACUAAAUUUGCCUGCCGUUCAGUGUCAAUACACAAUAUUAAAUAAUUGACCUGUGAGCAAUAAUUAUUGGGUUUAUUGACUGUUAUUAAGAAAACAGUACAUACUAGACUAAUUUGCUUCUAAUAAAGCUUAGUCGAUCGAAAGGAAAACUUUUAUAACAUUGAAUUAAUUAAUGAAAAAGACAAAUAACUAGAAGAUGAAAUAUUUGCUAGUGAAUUCUCAGCAAUAAAUAUCACGCCACAAAAAAUGUCUAGCACAACUCAACAUUUAAUCGUUAAGUCACAAGAGAUAAGCACAUAAGGCAUAGAGUUCACUUGAUAAAGUGAACAUGGAGACAAGAUAUGCUGACAUCAGACCAAAUAUAAUCUAUUGCAAGACUAAACCAUUAACAGAAUAUAUAGUCCAUAUAGUGUGCAUCUUGUCUUCAUCACAACAAGUUAAAUCAGCGAAAGCUGUUUUUUUUUAGUUCUUUAGACCUUUUUCGAAGGUUUCACUAAGUUAGGGUUUUUUAUGCACAAUAUAGGCGGAGGUCGUAAAAUAAGUAGGUCCUAGAAUCAACUUAUCCUGACACAAUUUUGCCAUAAACCUUAAGCAAUUUCAUUUAUUUAGGACAGGCAUUCCCCACGUCAGUCGUUAGUGAAAAUAAUUUAAUCGAGAUAAAACCAUUUUAAGUGCAAUUAUUUAGCAUCGAUGGCAUAUCUGAGUAAUUGCAUUUUUCUGCAAUUAAUCCUGCUUGUACACAAAUCGGAUUGCACAAUCUUGAGGCCUGUAAUUAUAAAAAUAGUGCUCAUUUCCAUAUGUUGCAGAUUUGUAUAUUUGCUCUCAGUUAUCAGUCAGUACAACACAUUUGUUUAAUAUGGAGUGUAAUUUCAUUGUUUUUGGAACCUGUUACCUUGGACGAACGUUUCCAUAUGGCAAACUCCGAGAUCCACAACCGAUCUUCGUCCUGUUUCAAACCAAUAAAUAAGAUGAUCGUAAAGGAAUCAUCAUUCAGCAUCAACAAUCCAUAUCCAGCUUCCGUGAGGGAAAUAUCGGCGAUGUUGGUCCAUGCGCGCAAGGAAUCCCCCGAAGAGAAAGAGGUGCCAAGUCCGCGACGAAAUGUUAAUGUGGACCGGGAUAACAAUCCUGUGGGUCGAGGUCUUAAUUUGAAUAUUAACAAUAGCAACCAUCAGUGUGGAAGUUUUUUCGCGAAGUGUAAGUGCCGACAUGAAGACAAGCAGACAGUUACAAACAGUUGCUCCCAAGAUUUGCGAUCUAACUCAAUUCCGGUGUCACAUGAUGGUCACAGCACCAAGAGAUUGUCUAGCCCCGAAAUAGAUCUAGCAGAAAUAACAGCCCGCCAACCUCACCUAUGCCUCAAGCCGAAAAGUCCUGGCACUCCAACCUCAUCGCCCACCAUCAAAGCGAACGUGUUCCUCAAUCACCCAGAAGUCACGUUUCCAAUUCCUGUAGAAGUUUCCAAAGAAGACUAUCAGAAUCAUUCGUUCCCGGCCCAUCUGUAUCCGGAAAUCAAGCACAAGCUUGACUAUCACAAAGCGACCGCUUUAGCCUACGAAUGCCAGAAAGAUAAUAAGGAACAGCACCAUAAGCCGACGACGAAAGAAGAAGAAGCUGAGAAGUUUUUUAAGGAAUUUGGACUAUUUGGACCAAUGGGAAACGCCGUUGGGGCAAGCUUCAGGAGAGGAUCGCGCAGCUCCAUUGAAGAGAAUAUUAGUCAGAUAAGAAAGAACUCGAAAACUAUCGAAUUUAAACCCAACAAGAUGUCGCAUAUUUAUGUGGAAGAUUACGACCAUCUCAAGGUGAUUGUGUCAAGACUGAGAAAGGACAUCACUGAGAUGGAAAUGAAAUACAGCGCUUCUCAAGUAGAACUGCAUGAAAUGAAAAAUUUGUUAAGUACAAAGGAAAAUGAAGUUUUGAAAUUGCAAAGAGAAGUUCACAAGUUAAAGAGCGUCCUUCAUCAGACAACUACUUGCCCUGUGGGCGAAGACAUUCUGACCAGCAUACAAGAGCAACAUGCGAUGGCUAACAGGCUUCCACUUCCCGUAAUUGUACAUAAUGAUAAUGGAGCCCAUCACAAAAAACACGGUGUUUCUGCGGAAUCGAGCGAGAAAUAUUUGCAAAGCAGCGACAUCACAAUUAACAAAUAUGAAAAAGAUUUUCGCUCCAAACAGCUGAUAAAAGAUGCUAUAAUGGAUAAUGCGUUCCUCAAAAAUCUGGACACGUCCCAAAUUCGCGAAAUUGUAGACGCAAUGGAGCCCAAAGAAUUUCCGGCCGGGUCUUAUAUUAUUCGACAAGGACAUGCAGGCGUGCAUCUCUUCGUUUCUGCAGAAGGUGACUUCGAAGUGCUACAAGACGACAAGAUUUUAGGUCACAUGGGACCAGGAAAAGCAUUUGGAGAACUGGCAAUUUUGUAUAAUUGCACCAGAACAGCAUCAAUUAGAGCUGUAACCGACUCGAAAGUAUGGAAACUAGACCGCAAAGUGUUCCAGCAAAUCAUGAAACGAACUGGUUUGCAACGUCUGCAAGACAAUAUCAAUUUCCUGAAAUCUGUGCCCUUAUUAGAAAACUUAAGCGAUGAUAUUCUUAGUAAAAUCGCCGAUGUUUUAGAAGUGGAAUUUUAUCCUGCUGGAGCGUAUAUCAUCAGGCAGGGAGCAAGUGGUGAUACAUUCUUUAUUAUUAGCAGUGGAAAUGUCAAAGUAACGCAACGAUUACCAGGUCAUUUGGACGAAGAAGAAAUUCGAACACUGGGUAGAGGAGACUACUUUGGGGAGCAAGCGCUUUUAAAAGAAGACUGCAGAACGGCUUCAGUGAUUGCGCUGCAUCCUGGUGUGGAAUGCUUAACAUUAGAUAGAGAUUCAUUCAAUCAGCUUCUGGGCAGUUUGAGCGAAAUUAAGGAAAAGGACUAUGGAGAUGCAGAGAGGAUGAACCGACCUGUGUUUACAGAGCAACAAGAAUACGACUAUAUAAAACUGGAUGACUUAGAAGUGGUUGCCACUUUGGGUAUUGGUGGUUUUGGUCGUGUAGAGCUUGUGCAAUACACCAAAGAUUCGUCGCUUACUUUUGCUCUAAAAUGCCUAAAAAAGCAACAUAUCGUCGAUACUCAGCAGCAAGAGCACAUUUACAGCGAAAGAAACAUUAUGUUGGGCUGUCGAAGUCCAUUCAUCUGCAGAUUGUACAGAACUUAUAGAGAUUCAAAGUACGUCUACAUGCUUCUAGAGGCUUGCCUAGGUGGCGAAGUAUGGACGAUUCUCAGGGAUAGAGGAUGCUUUGAUGAUCAUACUUGCAGAUUUAUCACGGCCUGUGUAAUUGAAGCUUUCGAGUACCUUCACAGUCGGGGAAUAAUCUAUCGUGACCUUAAACCAGAAAAUCUUCUUUUGGAUAGUAGAGGGCAUGUUAAACUCGUCGACUUUGGCUUUUCAAAAAGAAUGGGUUACAGCAGCAAAACCUGGACGUUCUGCGGCACUCCCGAGUAUGUGGCACCGGAAACUAUUCUCAAUAAGGGUCAUGAUCGAGCAGUAGAUUAUUGGGCCUUGGGAAUUCUCAUGUACGAGCUGCUGACCGGAAACCCUCCAUUCACAGCUUCAGACCCGAUGAAAACCUAUAAUCUGAUCCUUAAAGGCAUAGAUAUGAUUGAUUUUGCCAAAUACAAUGUGGGCAGAUCUGCGCAAAGCUUGAUUAAGAAGCUUUGCAGAGAUAUGCCUUCAGAACGUCUGGGGUAUCAACGUGGAGGAAUUACGGAUAUUAAAAAACACAAAUGGUUUCAAGGCUUCGAUUGGGAUGGAUUGGAAGCAGGAACUCUCCCGUCGUCUAUUCAGCAACCAAUCAGAAGCCCUACCGAUACUAGCAAUUUUGACUGUUUUCCGAAAGACAAUGAUAUUCCUCCGGAUGAAACAUCCGAUUGGGAUUUGAAUUUUUGACAUCGGUAUUAAGCGUUUAAUACCUAGCUUUUACGGAACCUUGCGGUGAUUAUAAUGGCGACAAUAAGUUAAUUAGUAAUAAUUAUUAUUGUUAUUGAAGCAACAAUUUAAUUGAAAUCGAAAAUUAAUUAAUUCGUAGAAUUUGUUUAGUAAGUACCUUCUUGUGCCAUCUUAUUGUUAAAAGGUGCAAAAAGUCUUUUGUAACACCACUAACUAAUGUAGAGGCAGAGGUAAAAGUGAUAAUUUAAUUAAAUGUUAUAAAUUUGACUAAUUCAUAAAUAAUUUAGCUUGUUUUCUAAUUGUUUAGCUUCGAUGCCUGGUUUUUAUAAACGGCCAAUACAGGGUAUUAAAUAGCCUUUAUUUGAGAAAUGUAUAUAAACAAAUUGGGCCAACAGUAAACUUUUAGCCAUAUUUCUAGAAUCUACGGAGACUAGAUUUUUAAGAUUUAGAUAGCUGUUAUAAAUCAUAUUGCUGAAAAUUCUGUUAAACGCGUAAAAUGUUUCCAUUUUCCUUUGAUUCAAACUAAUUAAUCGUAUCUCUGUGAUAUGUUCAAUCAAAGAUUCUACCUUAGUAAGAUUCGUAGCUGAUAAGAAAACGUAACAUUCGUUUGAGCGAAAACUACAAAUUUGCUUACAAAUCACUUAACUAAAACAAUAAACUGAAAUCUUAAUAAUUAGAUUGUGGUAGUGCAUACAAAGAGAUCUUAUAUAUUUGCAUUUUAAGCGUAGCAAGUAAGUGAUCAGUUGAUAAUAUAACAGACGUGGGUUUGCGUGUUCAUAUCUAAUAAAUAAUUUUUUUAUAA